AUGGAUAAGAGUUGGAUUGAUGUACAACAAACGGACUGGCAUAGAUAUGAAGAUGGAGUUGAUAGAUUUUUGGAUUUCGCAUUCGCCAAUAGCAUCGAUAAGACAAGGAUUUAUUGUCCUUGUAAGCUAUGUCGCAAUCGCUAUUUUAAGACUAGGGAGGAAGCGAGCGAGGAUAUAAAGGUAGAUGGAUUUUGGGAAAAAUAUAGAAUAUGGGAUAAACAUGGUGAAUCUAGGCCUGCGACUGCAUACCAAGGUACUGGGGUUAACUCCAAUGUGGCCAUCAAUGAUGAUAUGUUUGGCAUGAUUAAUGAGGCAAUUGGGGCUCCCACUGCCAAUUCUGGUUUAGGUGAUGAUUGUCCUAUAGAAAGUGAAAAUGUUGAGGGACCAAAUGACGAAUCUGCAAAAUUUCUUAAAUUGCUCCAAGAUGCAGAGUGUCCUUUAUAUCCUGUUCUUAGUGGAUGGACAAACAAGUCUUUUGAUUUACUACUGGAGCUUUUAAAAUCUUCUUAUCCUGAUGGAGUAAGCUUACCAGAUUCUUUUUAUAAGGCUCAAAAGCUAACUGCUGACUUGGGCUUCACAUACAAAACUUGGGAUGCAUGUCCUAAUAAUUGUAUGUUAUUCAGAAAUGAGGAUGAGAAACUUAAAAAAUGUGCAAUAUGUGGGGAAUCUCGAUAUAAAGAGUUAGGGGAUGAUUCUAAUGACCAGCAGAGUAUGGGUAAAAAAGUUCCUGCUAAACAAGUGAGAUACUUUCCUUUGAAACCACGUUUACAGAGAUUGUUUAUGUCUUCUAAGACUGCUUCCUAUAUGAAAUGGCAUGCAGAGGACCGCACAAAAGAUGACGUGCUAAGGCAUCCGGCUGACAGUCUUGUGUGGAAAACACUUGAUGAAAAGUUUCCAGAUUUUUCUAGUGAUAGUCGCAAUGUUAGACUUGGGUUAGCAGCUGAUGGGUUCAACCCAUUCCGAACGAUGUCCAUAGCUCAUAGCACAUGGCCUGUUGUUCUAAUACCUUAUAACUUGCCACCUUGGAUGUGCAUGAAGCAACCAUUUUUCAUUUUGUCAACGCUCAUUGAUGGCCCAAAAGGACCUGGAAAUAAGAUUGAUGUAUUUCUACAACCUUUGAUUGAAGAGCUAAAAGAAUUAUGGCAUGAAGGAGUUCUUACUUAUGAUGCCUCGACUAAUCAGAUGUUCAACUUGCGUGCGAUGUUGUUAUGGACAAUUAACGACUUUCCGGCCUAUGCAAAUUUAUCAAGUUGGAGCACUAAGGGUGCAAAAGCAUGUCCCUGUUGCAAUAAGAACACUAAAUCUAGUUGGUUGAAACAUGGAAGGAAGUAUUGCUAUAUGUGUCACCGUAGAUUCUUACCAAGGAAUCAUAAAUUUCGAAAAGAUAAAGUGUCUUUUGAUGGCAAGCAAGAAUGGGAUCGAGCACCAAAUCGAUGUUCUGGAACUGAGGUGAAAAGACAAUUGCAGAAUGUACUCACAGAGUAUAAGAAGAAAGAUCUUCGAAAGAGAAAAAGAGAAGAACUUGAGAAAAAUACAGCUGCACGAAGAGCACUCCCCAAGAAUGUUGUUGAAGCAUUGAUUGAGUUGGCUAAUUUUUUUAGGCAACUAUGCUCAAAAGUAAACAAACCAUCUGACUUGAAAGAUAUUCAAGAAAGAAUUGCCCUUACACUUUGUCAUCUUGAGAAGAUGUUUCCAAUGUCAUUCUUUGAUAUUAUGGAACACUUGCCUAUCCACUUAGCUGAAGAAGCGUUGAUUGCGGGGCCUGUACAAUUUAGGUGGAUGUAUCCCAUCGAGAGGUUUUUAUUUACAUUAAAAGAAUAUGUCCGUAAUCGUGCACAUCCCGAGGCCUCAAUUGCUAAAGGAUACUUGAUGGAAGAAUGCAUGACAUUUUGCUCGAGAUACUUGGAUGAAGUGGAAACAAAGUCUAAUAGGCCUGAUCGAAAUUAUGAUGGUGGUACUAAUUUUGGUCGUCGUUUGGGUAAAGGAGUUAAAAUACACCUUGAUGAUGUUUCUAGGGCACAAGCACAUAAGUAUGUGUUAAUGAAUACAGAUGCAGUGACACCAUUUCGAAACCAACAUCUUCAAUUACUUGUUGAUCAGUGGCCUAAUAGAAAUAAUCAUUAUAUCCAAAAACUUCACGGUGGAACAUUUCACAAAUGGUUUAAAAAUUAUGUCAUGACAGAACGGCGAAUUCAUAAUAGGGUAUUUUCUGACGAAAUAAUUGCUUUGGCUAGAGGCCCUCAUGAAGAUGGUUUGAGGUUUAAGGGAUAUUUUAUCAAUGGCUUUCGGUUUCGUACCAAAAGUAGAGAUAAAAAAAAAUCCACUCAAAAUUCUGGUAUUAUGAUGGAUGCCACUACAGGAGACAACAAUCGUCAACCGAUUGAGGAAAGGUUCUAUGGGGUAUUAACUGAUGUGAUUCAAAUCCGCUAUACCAAUCACUUAAAGUUUGUCUUAUUUAAGGGUGAUUGGAUUAAUAAUCGAAUGGGCCUAAAAAAAGAUGAGUUUAAAUUCACACUGGUGAAUUUUAAUCAUUUAUUAUACAAAGACAAUGUAAUAGAAGAUGAGCCUUUUAUUUUGACAGAACAGGCAAGGCAGGUUUGUUAUGUGCAAGACCCGUCGGAUCCCAAUUGGCAUGUUGUUCUUCACAUGACGGUUAGAGAUUUGUUUGAUAUGUACUCAAAGGACUCUUCUCGUCGUCCAACAGUAGUGCCUCAAGUUGAGUUGUAUGCCCGUCAACAAUUGGAUGAAACUAUAUAUCAGAAUGAUGAGGAGGUUAAUUGGGUGAGGGAAGGAGUGGAUGGAACCGAAGUGGAUACAAGUGACAAUGACGUUGAAGUUGAAAUGGAAGAAUGA